GGAAAUAACUGGAAAUCAAACAAUAAUGGAAAAAGAUUCAAUCAGAUUAAAACGCAGCAAUACUGUAAGUUCUGAUGAAUAAUUUCUCAAAUCUAUGGACCCAGUGGACUGUACUCCAAGACACAGAAAAUACAUUCCUGACUAUGUGUUUGGAGCUUCUUUAGAUUGUACUGAAAUCCAACAGGAGAAACCUUCUUACAAUGCAGAAAAAGCUGGAACAUUCCCAAGAGGGUUUUCAAAAGCACACUUUGUACCGAAGCAAGAAACCUCUACCAACAGGGAGAACAGAAAUUAUCAAAGGGACAGUUCCUCUGGACUAAGUUUUUCAGUGUCAUCAAAGCCUAAAUGGAGUACAGAAAGGUCCUCUGUCAAAAAAGCUCAGUCACUUCUGCCUGAUGACAAAGAAGAUACAAGCAGAAUGUUGUUUACAGGGUCCUCAAAGUAUUGUAGUCAGUCCUUAGAAAGGACCAGGAGUAGACUGUCAGCAACUGCUCAAUGCAAUGCUCGCAGGAACCAGCCUGACAGAUCAAGCAUCUCCCGCCAGGGUGUCAAACACUUGUUAACCACAUCCGGAGGAAUCAAGGAGGAAAAUGGGGAAGACAGACACCCAUUAGCCUCAAAAGGAGAAGCACACAAUGAAAUCCCUAAAGAAGAAGAGAAAGAUAAUGUCUUUAUGUUUAACACUGAAGGAAGGAGAGGAGAUGGUGUUCAAGAAAAGUCACGUUUACCAUCCUCAGAUUCUGUGAAGAAUACAAUCAGCAUGUUUGAAUCUUUGGCUCAACGAAGCAGAAGCACACCAGAGAUUUUUCGCUCCAGGAGGACCUUAUCUGUACCAGAGCCCUCCAAGCCUGCAGCUCGAUUGAAGAAGAGUGAUUCAGAAAUAAAUCUAAAUUUUGGAAGGGUUGUGGUGAACAAAGAAAGUCUAAGAACUCCUCAUUCGAAUUCCACAGUGAAAGAAAGUCCAACAUUAGAACAACAUCAAGAUACAUGCAAAAAGAGUCUUAAACUUGCUCCAGCAUUAAUACAAAUGAAUGAACCAAGAACUGACCAACUUACCAAUGUGAGGGAUGAAGAUGAAAGGAGGACUAUGAAUAAAAAACACAUGGAUGAACCAGAUUCUACCUCCAUUGCCCCCUCAGGGCUCAGAAACAUAGCAAUGGAAGAAAAAGCGAGAAUCCAACCAAUCUCUCAACAGUCAAAUGCCAAAAGUUUACUAAAGCAAAAGUCAAUUUAUGUACAAUUAGUUGAUGAUGAUGAAAACACACCAACUGACUCACCUGAUAGAGCCUCUCUCACAGUUAACAUUCAACAGCAAAGUAGCCCUGGAGCCAUAACAGUCAAUGGUAACAACCCCAAAGCCCUGCCCAAUCCUCCUCAAAGUUCUACUCCUAUCCAGACAAUAUAUUCCUCACUCAAUAACUCUAAUAAUAACAACUAUGAAACAACAAGGAAGGAUUUGACCUCUACUAGAAUGGAUAGGGGGAGCUCUGAUGAAGAAGGCGAUUAUGAGGAAACAGACACCGAUGAAGACUCUGACUCAGGAGAGUCAUUUGUGACCAUCACAAGCAACAUGAGCCAAUCAGAACGCAAAAGUUUCUCUCUAAGUCUCGUGGAACUAUGUAAUUAUGGUGGAGUGGAAUAUAAACCAUCAGAUGAAUGUUUGUCAGAGGAUGAUGAUGUUUCGACACACACACGCUCUGCGUCCAUGAGCUCAGACAUCUCAGCCUUCUCUUCUGUGACUCUCCUGAGCACUGAUGAGCUGGAUAGCUUAAUAGAUGAUGUCAGGGGCUUGGGAGAUGACACCCUGAAGAAAUAUGAAGAUGUGCAAGUGGUUGUGUUACACAAGGAAGUAGGGAGUGGCUUAGGAUUUACCUUGGCAGGUGGAGUGGAUCAGAAUAAACCAGUCACAGUCCACAGAGUAAUACCAGGUGGUGUAGCGGCACAGGAAGGCUCUAUCUUCGAGGGUGCUCAGGUGUUGUCAAUCAAUGGCACUGCCCUGCAGAAUUCCGGCCACUGGGACGCUCUGCAUACAUUGAGAAAAGCAAGAGGACAGGGCAUGGCAGUAGUUGUUCUCCAGAGUGGUAACAACAGAAAGGAAGACACUGAAAAAUCAGGAAUCACUGGCAGCAAAGUACAUGUGAUUCUGAACAAGUCCAGUUCUGAUCUUGGCUUUAGUCUGGAAGGAGGGGUGGGAUCCAGCUCUGGAGACAAACCCAUCACUGUAAAAAAAAUAUUCCGUGGUGGACCAGUCAAUGAAGUUUUUCCUGGGGAUGAGUUGUUGGAGGUGCAAGGUCAGAGUUUGGUGGGUUUGAUGCGUCUUGAAGCUUGGAGCCUAAUAAAGAAACUGCCCCCUGGUCCAGUGGAGGUCUUACUGCACCGUCCUCAGUAACCAAGUUGAAGACCUCUACUUUUCCUCUUGCAUCUCACUUCUCAAAGCAAUUCAGACAUAAUUUAUACACUGUUUUUUUUCUAUAAGGAUUUUUGCUGUUACAGGUUCUGUGAAAUUGUAUUUUUGCAAAUGUUCAGUUCUGCAAUUAGAAAUAAUAAUUUGCCAUAUUGUUUCAAA